AUGGCGUCGCAACCAAAGCCAAAAGGGCCUUCGAAAAGCCCUCGCAGGGAUGUUCUGGCAUCCCUAAAGCUAGCACAGGUGGAAAUCAUGAAGCCUGUAUUACCAGCGGAGUUGAUGGCUACCAUCCUAGAUUAUCUCGCGCCGCCCGAUCUCAUCCGAAUGGCCAGGACCUCGAGGCGGAUGCACGAAAUGGUAUACGAAGAUUCGCGCUGGGUCCGGUUGCUGAAACAGAUGGGCUACUGGAAUGAGCUUGAUGCUAGAAGGCAUGCCGAGGGGAAUCGUCCACAAUCCAAUGGAAGACCUAGGGCUCCAACGCUGCAAGGACAGCUAGCAAAACACAAUAACUUGCCUGCCGUGCCAGUCAGCUCUAAACCGCCCGAUGGCCCGACUCAGGAAGGGUUUGACACGGUGCAUUUUGGAGGCCCAGCUGCAGUCCAGGAACAGCCCAACGACGUCGUCAGUAUCUUAGAUUCAGUGAAGUCUAUACGAGGUAGGGCUAGGGAGGAGUAUGGCAAGGUCCAUGCGGCUUUAUACCCGUUCUACAAGGACAUCAUGCAAUCCGAAGAAACUACCAACUGCCUGGUUUUUAAAACCCAACAUGGACCCGAACAACAGGCCAAAUUGCUGUCCCAGCUACUGUCAUUUUCCCAAAGUGACCAAAGUCUCGGUUGGGAUGAGCGUUCCCGGAAACUUUCCAGUGUAAUAUCUGAGUUUGAAACAGCAGCGCUUCGGGAAUUCAGAAUUGGUUACGAGAGCGGGGAUAUUGAUGGGUUGACGCAGAAAUAUGCUCACGUAUUAGUGGCUCUUAAUGGUGGUGGUGCUGCCAUCGAGCUGUUCUUGCACCACAAUAAUAUCCUGGCUCGAAAAUCUGACUUUGGAGAUCCGAUAGACUGCUUGAAGAACGGCACCGUUUCUUUGGAACACACUCAGGCAUUCCUUACACGUCUCAGUGUCGCGGUCAACGAGGAGAUAUCAAUUAUCAAUCGAUGUUUUGCAAAAUGUCCGGGUUUGGCUUCGUCCUUUCUACAAAAGGUCGCCCAAAGCGUUUUAUCUCCUUAUUUCAGUACGCUAUUUGAUGACAUCCAUACUCAAAAUUCAAGCUCUUAUCUGCGAGCCGUGUCUGGAACCUUUGUGCAAACUUUGAAUUUUGCCCAAGACCUGAAUCAGAUCAACGAUUCCGCCAAUGAUUUUAGUGAGGCUGCUAUCCACAUGGUGAUGGAUACUUUUGAGCCACACGUGGAAUUGUACCUGACCGAAGAGCUCAAUGAAUUUCGAAAACAUUCAGAAACCGUGGUCACUGAUUGGGAUCGUCAGUUAUCAGAGCAUGCCGCAUCCACAGAAUCAUUUUAUAUGUCGAAUGUGAACAGACAGGCGGAUAAAAAGGACUUUCUAACAUCUUUCAAGAAGGUGCUCAUGGCCCCGGUGAAUAUACUCCCUGGGUUUUCGAAAUCAAAUGGGACGAAAGCCGAGACUGUCGACAAGUCAACUGGGAGCCUUGGGCCUAUAGGGACUUCUCACAUUAAUAGAUCGUCGACAAUCAUCGUCCCCGUUCCGACGCCGCCAACGCCAAGUGAAGCCCCUACAACCGAGCUAGCCGCCAAAGCAGCCAUUAUAAAUUCUAAACUCGAAGGGAUCCGUACGCUCUUCAGCAUUGAAGUGGCCCUUAAUCUUGUGCACGCCGCAAAGUCAAGCCUGGAAAGAGCCGCACAGUUCGUUAAAAUAAAAGGGGAAUUGGGCAAGGCAGCACAGCAACAAUGCGAGCUAAUAUUCAUUUCUUUGUUGCAAAUCCUUGGCCACCGGCAUGUCAUAGCCGGCUUUGACAAGGCCGUUGAACAUCUUUCGGCUUAUGAUCCUCGACAGCAUAGUAGCGAGGAGAAAGCGGGAGUCGAGCCACUGGUUACGUUUUUAGAGCUGGUUAAUGUGGGCGAUCUAAUCCUGCAAAUGAUGGACGUCUUCUACGAGCAAGAAUUGAUUGGGGCUAAGCUGACGGAUCGAAGUGAUUUUCUCAAUCCGGCUGUGAAGGAGAAGAAACGCUUUGAACAGUUGCUCGAUGAACGCGUUGCUGCAGGGUUGAACAAAGGUAUUGACGUCCUUAUGGAGGAGGUAGAGUAUAUACUUGCAACCAAGCAGCCAGCAUCGGAUUUCAACCCAGAAGCGGCUGAUCCACUUACUCAAACCGUUGAUAUUGGGCCGAGUGACGCGGCAGAAUCCAUCGUGCGGAUAGUUUCGUCCCACACACAAAUGCUGGUUGGUAGCACCGACAAGAGCACCUUGGAUGUGUUUAAUCAGGAGGUUGGACUCCGUCUUUUCGCCAGUCUAUGCAAGCACCUUAAACGACAGCGUAACAGCGAUAUGAACCACUACUUUGCGUUCAUCCAGUCGAUGCGAAACGAUCAACUGCUGCUAUACUUCACCGCCCUAAGGGAACUGUCGCAGGUGUAUUUGAUUGAUCCGUCCGACUCGAAAGAAAUGGCAACCAUCAUCGCAGACGUGGACCGGUUCAAGGGCAUCUUGCGCGCGGAGGAAGUGUACGAAUUUGCGGAGAGAAGAGCGGAUUGGUACCAGGUCAAAAGGGAUGUUGAGCGGGCCAUGUUUGGCAUUGGGUGCAUUGUCAUAUAA